GGCGGAGGAGGAAGUGUCAUGGCGUCGGGCCGUGGAGCUUCUUCUCGCUGGUUCUUUACUCGGGAACAGCUGGAGAACACGCCGAGCCGUCGCUGCGGAGUGGAGGCGGAUAAAGAGCUCUCGUACCGCCAGCAGGCGGCCAACCUCAUCCAGGAAAUGGGACAGCGUCUCAAUGUCUCUCAGCUUACGAUAAACACUGCGAUUGUUUAUAUGCACAGGUUUUACAUGCACCAUUCUUUCACCAAAUUCAGUAGAUACAUGAUAUCACCUACUGCAUUAUUCUUGGCUGCAAAAGUAGAAGAACAGGCUCGAAAACUUGAACAUGUUAUCAAAGUAGCACAUGCUUGUCUUCAUCCCCUAGAGCCACUGCUGGAUACUAAAUGUGAUACUUACCUUCAACAGACUCAAGAACUGGUUUUACUUGAAACCAUAAUGCUACAAACCCUAGGUUUUGAGAUCACCAUUGAACACCCACACACAGAUGUGGUGAAAUGUACCCAGUUAGUAAGAGCAAGCAAGGAUUUGGCACAGACAUCCUAUUUCAUGGCUACCAACAGUCUGCAUCUUACAACCUUCUGUCUUCAGUAUAAACCAACAGUGAUAGCAUGUGUAUGCAUUCAUUUGGCUUGCAAAUGGUCCAAUUGGGAGAUUCCUGUGUCAACUGAUGGAAAACAUUGGUGGGAAUAUGUGGAUCCUACAGUUACUCUGGAAUUACUAGAUGAGCUAACACAUGAGUUUCUACAAAUAUUGGAGAAAACGCCUAGUAGGUUGAAGAAGAUUCGAUACUGGAGGGCUAACCAGGCAGCUGGGAAACCAAAAGUAGAUGGACAAGUAUCAGAAACGCCUCUUCUGGGUUCAUCUUUGGUCCAGAAUUCCAUGUUAGUAGAUAGUGUUACUGGUGUGCCUACCAAACCAAGUUUUCAGAAACCAUCUACAUCAGCUUUCCCUGCACCAGUACCUCUAAAUUCAGGAAAUAUUUCUGUUCAAGACAGCCAUGCAUCUGAUAAUUUGUCAGUGCUAGCAACAGGAAUGCCAAGUACCUCAUAUGGUUUGUCAUCACACCAAGAAUGGCCUCAGCAUCAAGAGUCGGCAAGGACAGAACAGAUAUAUUCACAGAAACAGGAAACAUCUUUGUCUGGUAGCCAGUACAACAUCAACUUCAAGCAGGGACCUUCUGUAUCAUUGCAUUCAGGAUUACAUCACAGACCUGACAAAAUUUCUGAUCAUUCUUCUGUUAAGCAAGAUUAUACUCAUAAAGCAGGGAGCAGUAAACACCACGGGCCAAUUUCUGCUACUCCUGGAGUAAUUCCUCAGAAAAUGUCUUUAGAUAAAUACAGAGAAAAACGUAAGCUAGAAAGCCUUGAUCUGGAUGCAAGGGAUCAUUAUAUAGCUGCCCAGGUAGAACAGCAACACAAACAUGUACAGUCUCAGGCAGCCAGCAGCAGUUCUGUGACUUCUCCCAUUAAAAUGAAAAUUCCCAUUACAAAUGCUGAAAAACCUGAGAAAUACAUGGCAGAGAAGAAGGAAAAGAGUGGAUCACUGAAAUUACGGAUUCCAAUACCACCCACUGAUAAAAGUGUCAGUAAAGAAGAACUGAAAAUGAAAAUAAAAGUUUCUUCCUCAGAAAGACACAGCUCUUCUGAUGAAGGCAGUGGGAAGAGCAAGCAUUCCAGCCCACAUAUUAGCAGGGACCAUAAGGAGAAGCACAAGGAGCAUCCUUCCAACCGCCACCACCCCAGCAGUCACAAGCAUUCCCACUCAUACAGUGGCAGCAGCAGUGGUGGCAGUAAACACAGUGCUGACGGAAUACCGCCCACUGUUCUGAGGAGUCCUGUUGGCCUGAGCAGUGAUGGCAUUUCCUCUAGUUCCAGCUCUUCAAGGAAGAAGCUGCAUAUCAAUGAUGCAUCUCACAACCAUCACUCCAAAAUGAGCAAAAGUUCCAAAAGUUCAGGUAGUUCAUCUAGUUCUUCCUCCUCUGUUAAGCAGUAUAUAUCCUCUCACAACUCUGUUUUUAACCAUCCCUUACCCCCUCCUCCCCCUGUCACAUACCAGGUGGGCUACGGACAUCUCAGCACCCUCGUGAAACUGGACAAGAAGCCAGUGGAGACCAACGGUCCUGAUGUCAAUCACGAGUACAGUACAAACAGCCAGCAUAUGGACUACAAAGACACAUUCGACAUGCUGGACUCGCUGUUAAGUGCCCAAGGAAUGAACAUGUAAUCAUUUCUUUAGGUCAAUUUUUCCUUUUCUUUUUUAAUUUAAAAAUUGUUAGAAUGAAAAACUUCCUCCUGAUCUAGCAGUGGUAACACCUGCUGUUACUACCAC